AGGACAGCCGACACUGCAUACUUGACACAUGUGGGUCACUUUGGGUUCCUGGUGUCACCUAUGGGUCUCAGGAACUCUCCUCUGACGUUUAGUCCUCUUAUGGCUCUCCUCCUGCAGGGUUUAAUUAAUGAUCAGGUGCUAGUGUAUUUAGACAACAUUUUGGUUUGUUCACCUUCGACCAAGGACCAUGAAGCGCGGUUGCGCAGUUUUUCAGCAACUUUCGGAUGCAUGUUCCUCCUCUUAUUAGUGUUUGGCAUGUGCUAUGCGAGGGCGUAUCGGAUGCACACGAAGGAGGAUCGUAUUGGUAGUAAGGCCAUCGAGCGUGCUUCCUUGUGUCCCCCAUAUCACGGACCUAUCCUUGUACACCACAACGUCCAUAAGCACUGA